AUGAAGCGAAUAAAAGAAGACGAGAGAUCCUCCGAGAAGAGAUCCUCUGUGAGCAAGAACCCCGCGUCUGUGAAAAGCCACUGGGGACAAUACUGGCAAGACCUUCAGCAAAACAAAAAGGGAAAAUCCAAGCGAAAAAUUACAGCUGUGUGGGCCAUUCGGAUAGUCUUUGUCUUGGUCAUGAUUUUGUUGUGUGCACUCCUGGGAUAUCUAGCCUACACAUUACUAUACGAACAAGAAAUUAGAAUGGCACGAACCCAAUUCGAAUCCAUUACGACUCGGGCGAUGAUUCAAGCGAAAGACGAUCUUAGAAGCCGGGUAUGGGCAGGUAUCACGCUAUCCAACAUGGUAUCAGAACUCUAUCCAAAUGCCGAACAGUGGCCUUACAUUGAAUGGCAAGGAUUCGAAAAUGCAGCGAGGAAUAUAUUAGAAACAUCGCACGGAGAAGACGUGGGAUUUGUCCCAUUUGUGGACCCACAGAAUUUGACGGAAUUUGAAGACUUUGCACAAAAUCUAUACCAAAUGAUUGGAUUGCCAAAUAACACUGCAGUCAAAUCAUGGGGAUUUGGGGUUUGGGCCAGAGAUAGGUCUGUAAAUCCAGUUGAAAUCUACCACGAUACUACCGCAGAGACUCCCUACAACAGUCCUUACAAUGUGAUUGCACCCAUUCUGAGGACGGACGAAGGAUUCCAUCCGGUUCUCUUGUUCAACGUUCACUCUCAGGCCUUUACUGGUAACGCCAUUGAUAGUAUUCUGACCUGCAGUGAACGUCGGCGGAACCGAUAUCAAGCCGAAAUUGAUGCCGAGAAAGACAGUCUUGGCGGUAGAUUUCCAACCAUGCCACCAAACCAGUGUGGAGCCUUUACUGAUAUCUUUCAAAAUAACAAAUUGGGUGGUCGGUGGACGGUGGGGAAUUUCAAUCCCAUCUAUCCAAGGAACGAUCCGCUGAAGGUGGUUGGAUAUAUCCCCGCCAUGACCCCACUGGAUAAUCUAUUGGAAAACAUGUUCCCAUCGCAAGUGACUGGCAUCAAUGCUGUUUUCGAGACGGGCACGAGGACCAUCUCAUUUUCAAUCGUCAAUGGCCAUGCCAAUUUAAUUGGUGAAGGAACUCAUAUCGACCAUGACGAUCAUACACUGCGCACGGAAAUAGAACUUGCAGAACCGGUGGAGUUCUUUUCAACCGAUGAUGGGCUUAACGUUACCAAGAAGCUUGUCUUGUCGCUGGUGUCAAAUGAAAAGUUCUACGAAGGCUAUCGGACCAAUGGCCCGCUCAUUGCUGCGGUCGUUGUUGUUUGCAGCAUUUUGCUUACAAUCUUGGUUUUUUUGCUGUAUGACUUUUAUGUUCGAAGGGAAUUCAAUGCCAAGCAACACCUUUUGGAGGCUAGAAGACAAUUCAUGCGAUUUGUGUCACACGAGGUUCGGACGCCCCUGAAUGCAGUCUCGAUGGGUCUCGAUCUCAUGCAAUCCGAAGUCGCUAACGCACUUGGUUUUGAUUCUCCUACCACCUUCCGUGCAAACUACGAAAUGGUCGAUGACGAGGCCUUUGAAGCCAGUCAACGAACAAUGCGAAGCUCGGAUCAAUCCAUUGACAUUUCAAUGUCGAGUUCCAAUCAUAACAUGCGCAAGAUAGAAAGUUCGUCGUCCCUUGAAGAAAUGGGGGAUAUCAAAAUAUCAGCAAUGAUGGCCAAGUCAUGGUUUCAAUUAAGCCAAGAAAUUCAGGGCAAUGCGCAAGGAGCAGUAGACAUUUUGAAUGACCUUUUGAACUAUGACAAGAUCGAGCAAGGAAAGCUGAUAUUGAGUUUGGAGAAAGUUGCGAUCUGGGACCUCGUGGAGAAGACUGUCAUGGAAUUCAAAGUCCCUGCUUCAAGCAAAAAGGUUGUUCUUGGGGUCGCCUUUGGUGAAGAAACUCGCACUGCACCUCGCGCCCAAUAUCUUUCCCCUGAGAUUCGCAAACUAAGCGUCGCUGGAGAUCCCGUCAGGCUAUCACAAGUCGUACGGAAUCUCAUGUCCAAUGCUCUCAAGUUCACGCCAUCCGAAGGAUCCAUACGAGUACAGGCUAUUUACGUACCGAAAGGGUCAGAAUCCCCAGAAGAACACUUUGAACUACAGGAGGGUCACGUUUUCACUGGGUGUCACAAGGGCUGCCUUCAUGUCCGCGUCAUUGACUCAGGUGCAGGCAUGAGUCAAGAUCAAGUCGAGCGACUCUUCCAGGAUGGUGUCCAAUUCAAUGCCAACGAACUCCAAGCGGGUGGUGGAUCCGGACUAGGUCUUUACAUUGCCAUGGGAAUCGUGAUGCAACACAAGGGGACGCUCCAAGCCAAAUCGGACGGACUCGGCCAAGGAACGACUUUUGAAAUGAUACUGCCACUGUGGGAUAUCACCUCCGACGGCAAGGAUGAAGAGUAUGAUGUGGAGCUUUGUCUUCCUGCUGACCACGACGAAGGCACAACAUCGCCGACCUCGCCAUCCAUCAAACUUCCAAAGUCCAAGCUGAAGGUUUUGGUGGUCGACGAUGUCAAGUCGAAUCGCAAGCUUUUGCGGCGAAUUCUGGAGAUGAAGGGGCAUGAAUGUCACGAGGCUGAAGACGGAGAUGAUUGCGUGGCCAUGGUUGAAGCCACGGAAGGCGAAGAAACACCCUACGAUAGUAUAUUACUCGACUACGAAAUGCCCAAAAUGGAUGGACCAACUGCAGCUAAGGAGAUUCGUUGUACCUUAUUGGACGAUGGCGUUAAUAUCAUUGGGGUGACGGGAAAUGUCCUUCCAGAAGAUAUUAACUUCUUCCAGAAAUGUGGUGCAAAUGCCGUCUUGUCCAAGCCAGUCAAGAUUGCGGAAUUGACUCGCCUCUGGGAAGAACAGGGGAUAUUGGCAAAGCCAGGAGAAACUGGCACUGUUGGCGACAUCCGAAUACACAAAGUAUAG